CCGAGCGAGGCGGGUUCAGCAAAUGCGCCGCUAACGCGGCCGCCGGGAGUGCACAGAGUGUGCUUGCCGCCGCGCCAGACCUCCGUGCAGAAACUCCGGCGCCGUCUCUUGGAGAUCUUCUUCCCCGACGACCCAUUGCAUAGAUUUAAGGAUCAGACGUGGUUCAGAAGGUUGGUCACGGGGCUACAGUGUUCCUUCCCCAUUCUCAAAUGGGCGCCGCAUUACAGCUUUAAGCUGCUGAAAUGUGAUGUUGUUUCCGGCGUUACGAUUGCGAGCCUUGCGAUUCCGCAGGGGAUUAGUUAUGCAAAGCUGGCAAAUUUGCCACCCAUAAUUGGGCUCUACUCGAGUUUUGUACCGCCGUUGAUAUAUGCUGUUCUUGGGAGUUCUCAUCAUCUUGCAGUCGGUCCCGUCUCGAUAGCUUCUCUUGUGAUGGGCACGAUGCUAAGUGAAGCUGUUUCUUACACAGCGGAACCUGCUCUCUACCUUAAACUGGCUUUCACAUCAACAUUCUUUGCAGGACUGUUCCAGGCUUCUCUAGGUUUCCUAAGGUUAGGAUUUAUUAUCGAUUUUCUGUCAAAGGCAACUCUAGUUGGCUUCAUGGCAGGUGCAGCAAUCAUUGUUUCAUUGCAACAGCUAAAAGGGCUACUUGGGAUAGUCCAUUUCACAUCCAAGAUGCAAAUAAUUCCCGUGUUGUCUUCUGUCUUUAAUCACAGAAAUGAGUGGUCUUGGCAAACAAUUACGAUUGGAAUUAUUUUUCUGGCCUUGUUACUGACAACUAGGCACAUUAGCUCAAGAAGACCAAGACUGUUUUGGAUUUCGGCAGCUGCUCCAUUAACAUCAGUUAUUCUCUCUACCAUCCUAGUAGUCUGUCUCAAGUCCAAACUUCACGACAUUCAAACUAUUGGCCAAUUGCCUAAGGGUCUGAAUCCACCAUCUGCACGCAUGCUGCUCUUUACCGGUGGUCAUCUGGCUCUAACAAUCAAAACUGGUAUCACCACUGGAGUACUUUCUCUGACAGAAGGCAUUGCGGUAGGGAGGACAUUUGCUGCUCUGAAAAACUACCAAGUUAACGGCAACAAAGAAAUGGUGGCCAUUGGCCUCAUGAACAUAGCUGGCUCUUGUUCUUCAUGUUACAUCACCACUGGUUCGUUUUCGCGAUCUGCUGUGAAUUAUAAUGCUGGAGCACAAUCUGGGGUGUCAAACAUUAUAAUGGCUGGAGCCGUUCUCAUAACUUUGUUGUUUCUCAUGCCACUCUUCCGUUACACUCCCAAUCUCAUCCUGGCAGCCAUUAUCAUAACAGCUGCAGUAGGCCUGAUCGAUUAUGGGGCUGCAUACAAACUAUGGAAAGUUGACAAGCUCGACUUCGUAGCUUGCUUGUGUUCCUUCUUUGGCGUUCUGUUUAUCUCAGUGGCUCUUGGUCUUGCUAUAGCAGUUGGAAUUUCAGUUUUCAAGAUUCUGUUGAAUGUAACAAGGCCAAACACGGUUUCUCUGGGGAACAUUCCCGGAACUCAAAUAUAUCAAAACCGUAGCAGAUACACGCAAGCUGUUAGAGUUCCAUCUUUUCUUAUCCUUGGCAUCGAGGCUCCCAUUUACUUUGCGAAUUCCACUUACCUACAAGAAAGAAUCUUGAGAUGGAUCAGGGAAGAGGAGCAGUGGCUGGCAUCAAACGACAUAUGUGAUUUGAGAUGUGUGAUUCUUGACAUGACCGCUGUGACGGCAAUAGACACAAGCGGUCUCGACAUGAUCAGCGAACUCAGAAAGAUGCUCGACAACCGAUCACUCAAGCUCGUCUUGGCAAAUCCCGUUGGAAGUGUAAUGGAGAAACUGCAUAAAUCCAAUGUCUUGGAGUUGUUCCACUUUGAAGGACUAUACUUGACGGUCGGAGAAGCUGUAUCCGACAUCUCUUCUUCAUGGAAGGAUCAACCUUGAAGACAACCUGGCUUUCACGCUGUUUCAGUGAGGGCUGAAGGCAGAGGUUUCUGUUGUUUUUGGUUGCUAGAAGUUGUAGCUUAACUUAUUGAUGUGUACUAUGUUUUGUAGUUCAAAGUCCAGACAUACACACAACUCUUUCAAAGUAAGAGUUUUUUGUUGGUCUGUGACUUGACAUUUGUAGGUUCUUUUUCAAGAUUGUUAGAUAUUAGGGUAAAUUAUAUUAACAACAUGAGA